AUGCCCGUUGUCGCUGAUCGCGGGGAUUCCCCCCACGGCUUCACUUUACUUCUGCCCCAGCUCCUAUACCUUGUCCGCUACUUUUGUGUGGAAGCACAUCAAUCGACUCCUUGUCAGUUUCGACCCCUCUACGUAAAACAAGUCAUCUCGACCAUCUCUCCACCUUUCAGUCACCGGCGCUGCACAUUGCUGUCUGUAGAGGGGGUCAAGGACUUGAGGUUGAGACGCGGACCCUCGCAAAAGUGUCUACCACCAAGCCUUCGGACUCUGUAUCUUGCUCGGCAAACCUUCUGGCACGGCGCGACGUUGUAUCUCCUAUGUCCGCUUGACAGAAACGCCUAG